GCGAGUUCAUCAAUUACACCGUCCCCUACACCAACAGGGACUUAUUCUACCGCGCCAACCGUUACACCAACAGCGAGUUCAUCAAUUACAUCGUCCACUACACCAACAGGGAGUCCUUCUACCGCGCCAACCGUUACACCAACAGCGAGUUCAUCAAUUACACCGUCCCCUACAGCAACAGGGAGUCCUUCUACCCCGCCAUCCGUUUCACCAACAGCGAGGAGUCCUUCUACCGUGCCAACCGUUUCACCAACAGCGAGUUCAUCAAUUACACCGUCCCCUACACCAACAGGGACUUAUUCUACCGCGCCAACCGUUACACCAACAGCGAGUUCAUCAAUUACACCGUCCCCUACUUCAACAGGGAGUCCUUCUACCGCGCCAACCGUUACACCAACAGCGAUUUCAUCAAUUACAUCGUCCACUACACCAACAGGGAGUCCUUCUACCGCGCCAACCGUUUCACCAACAGCGAGUUCAUCAAUUACACCGUCCCCUAAACCAACAGGGAGUCCUUCUACCGCGCCAACCGUUACACCAACAGCGAUUUCAUCAAUUACAUCGUCCACUACACCAACAGGGAGUCCUUCUACCGCGCCAACCGUUACACCAACAGUGAGUUCAUCAAUUACACCGUCCCCUACUUCAACAGGGAGUCCUUCUACCGCGCCAACCGUUACACCAACAGCGAUUUCAUCAAUUACAUCGUCCACUACACCAACAGGGAGUCCUUCUACCGCGCCAACCGUUUCACCAACAGCGAGUUCAUCAAUUACACCGUCCCCUACACCAACAGGGACUUAUUCUACCGCGCCAACCGUUACACCAACAGCGAUUUCAUCAAUUACACCGUCCCCUACUUCAACAGGGAGUCCUUCUACCGCGCCAACCGUUUCACCAACAGCGAGUUCAUCAAUUACACCGUCCCCUACACCAACAGGGACUUAUUCUACCGCGCCAACCGUUACACCAACAGCGAGUUCAUCAAUUACACCGUCCCCUACUUCAACAGGGAGUCCUUCUACCGCGCCAACCGUUACACCAACAGCGAUUUCAUCAAUUACAUCGUCCACUACACCAACAGGGAGUCCUUCUACCGCGCCAACCGUUUCACCAACAGCGAGUUCAUCAAUUACACCGUCCCCUACACCAACAGGGACUUAUUCUACCGCGCCAACCGUUACACCAACAGCGAGUUCAUCAAUUACACCGUCCCCUACUUCAACAGGGAGUCCUUCUACCGCGCCAACCGUUACACCAACAGCGAUUUCAUCAAUUACAUCGUCCACUACACCAACAGGGAGUCCUUCUACCGCGCCAACCGUUACACCAACAGCGAGUUCAUCAAUUACACCGUCCCCUACAGCAACAGGGAGUCCUUCUACCCCGCCAUCCGUUUCACCAACAGCGAGUUCAUCAAUUACACCAUCCCCUACACCAACAGGGAGUCCUUCUACCGCGCCAUCCGUUUCACCAACAGCGACUUCAUCAAUUACACCGUCCCCUAAACCAACAGGGAGUCCUUCUACCGCGCCAACCGUUACACCAACAGCGAUUUCAUCAAUUACAUCGUCCACUACACCAACAGGGAGUCCUUCUACCGCGCCAACCGUUUCACCAACAGCGAGUUCAUCAAUUACACCGUCCCCUACACCAACAGGGACUUAUUCUACCGCGCCAACCGUUACACCAACAGCGAUUUCAUCAAUUACACCGUCCCCUACUUCAACAGGGAGUCCUUCUACCGCGCCAACCGUUUCACCAACAGCGAGUUCAUCAAUUACACCGUCCCCUACACCAACAGGGACUUAUUCUACCGCGCCAACCGUUACACCAACAUCCUUCUACCGCGCCAACCGUUACACCAACAGCGAUUUCAUCAAUUACAUCGUCCACUACACCAACAGGGAGUCCUUCUACCGCGCCAACCGUUUCACCAACAGCGAGUUCAUCAAUUACACCGUCCCCUACACCAACAGGGACUUAUUCUACCGCGCCAACCGUUACACCAACAGCGAUUUCAUCAAUUACACCGUCCCCUACUUCAACAGGGAGUCCUUCUACCGCGCCAACCGUUUCACCAACAGCGAGUUCAUCAAUUACACCGUCCCCUACACCAACAGGGACUUAUUCUACCGCGCCAACCGUUACACCAACAGCGAGUUCAUCAAUUACACCGUCCCCUACUUCAACAGGGAGUCCUUCUACCGCGCCAACCGUUACACCAACAGCGAUUUCAUCAAUUACAUCGUCCACUACACCAACAGGGAGUCCUUCUACCGCGCCAACCGUUUCACCAACAGCGAGUUCAUCAAUUACACCGUCCCCUACACCAACAGGGACUUAUUCUACCGCGCCAACCGUUACACCAACAGCGAGUUCAUCAAUUACACCGUCCCCUACUUCAACAGGGAGUCCUUCUACCCCGCCAUUUGUAACACCAACAGCGAGUUCAUCAAUUACACCGUCCCCUACACCAACAGGGACUUAUUCUACCGCGCCAACCGUUACACCAACAGCGAGUUCAUCAAUUACACCGUCCCCUACAGCAACAGGGAGUCCUUCUACCCCGCCAUCCGUUUCACCAACAGCGAGUUCAUCAAUUACACCAUCCCCUACACCAACAGGGAGUCCUUCUACCACGCCAUCCGUUUCACCAACAGCGACUUCAUCAAUUACACCGUCCCCUACACAAACAGGGAGUCCUUCUACCGCGCCAACCGUUACACCAACAGCGAUUUCAUCAAUUACAUCGUCCACUACACCAACAGGGAGUCCUUCUACCGCGCCAACCGUUUCACCAACAGCGAGUUCAUCAAUUACAUCGUCCACUACACCAACAGGGAGUCCUUCUACCGCGCCAACCGUUUCACCAACAGCGAGUUCAUCAAUUACACCGUCCCCUACACCAACAGGGACUUAUUCUACCGCGCCAACCGUUACACCAACAGCGAGUUCAUCAAUUACACCGUCCCCUACUUCAACAGGGAGUCCUUCUACCCCGCCAUUUGUAACACCAACAGCGAGUUCAUCAAUUACACCGUCCCCUACACCAACAGGGAGUCCUUCUACCCCGCCAUUUGUAACACCAACAGCGAGUUCAUCAAUUACACCGUCCCCUACACCAACAGGGAGUCCUUCUACCGCGCCAACCGUUUCACCAACAGCGAGUUCAUCAAUUACACCGUCCCCUACACAAACAGGGAGUCCUUCUACCGCGCCAACCGUUACACCAACGGCGAGUUCAUCAAUUACACCGUCCCCUACACCAACAGGGAGUCCUUCUACCGCGCCAACCGUUUCACCAACAGCGAGUUCAUCAAUUACACCGUCCCCUACACAAACAGGGAGUCCUUCUACCACGCCAUCCGUUUCACCAACAGCGACUUCAUCAAUUACACCGUCCCCUACACAAACAGGGAGUCCUUCUACCGCGCCAACCGUUACACCAACAGCGAUUUCAUCAAUUACAUCGUCCACUACACCAACAGGGAGUCCUUCUACCGCGCCAACCGUUUCACCAACAGCGAUUUCAUCAAUUACAUCGUCCACUACACCAACAGGGAGUCCUUCUACCGCGCCAACCGUUUCACCAACAGCGAGUUCAUCAAUUACACCGUCCCCUACACCAACAGGGACUUAUUCUACCGCGCCAACCGUUACACCAACAGCGAGUUCAUUAAUUACACCGUCCCCUACUUCAACAGGGAGUCCUUCUACCCCGCCAUUUGUAACACCAACAGCGAGUUCAUCAAUUACACCGUCCCCUACACCAACAGGGAGUCCUUCUACCGCGCCAACCGUUUCACCAACAGCGAGUUCAUCAAUUCCACCGUCCGUUAAACCAAAAGGAAGUUCCUCUAUCCCACCACAGCUCGCAGUAUCAUCCUCAACAGUACCUCCAGUGAAUGCGGCGUCAUCAGGCUUGUGUCCUGGCGCAACUGCAGCAACAGUGAGUGGAAGUCAGGCGAGAUCUGGAGUUCUAAUUUUUGUGGGGAAAAUUGCCUACAAAAAAUAC